AUGUCUUUUCGGAUAACUCCCGCGCUAUGGGAUAAGAUCUGCCACUUUGCGUCGUUCCCGCAGACCGGAGUAUCUCUGCAGCAGAUGGUGCUCUUCGGACAGAAUCCGAGUCAGGGUACGCUGUUCAAGGCUAGCCAAUUUCUGGCCGAGGAGUUGCCCGUGCGGCUCGCGCACCGGAUGAAGGAGCUCGACGAACUGCCACACAAUCUGAGCCACAUGCCGAGCAUCAAGAAGGUCAAGGACUGGUAUGCUCAGUCAUUCGAGGAGUUGAUCACGCUCCCGCCGUUAACCCUGACGGACGAUGUGCGUGCGGCGUUAGCUGCCUCCGGCGGAGCAAUGUCCGCUUUACCCGACAGCGUUCCGAACCCCUCUCUCGAGGACGUCCAUCACUACCAAAACCUGAAUGGCCUCUUCGGUCCCAAUGGUUCGGCCAACGCGAACCGCUUGAAACUCCGUAUCCCUGUCGAGAAGCGUUACUACGCCGGCUCGGACGUCGUGGACGCGUCUUCCCCUCCAGCCGCACCACCAUCGUUCACCAGCGAAAAGGACAAAGAGAUUAUAUGGCCGCCCGCGGUACAUGAUUACAAUACGCGCUUCACGCAGACGCUUGAGAAGAUCAAGAGGAGGCACGAUCCGACCGUCACGACCGUGGCACAGGGUGUUUUGGAGUGGAAGAGACAACAGAAGGCGAAAAGAAUUGGGUUGGAUAUGCAGGCGUGGCUGGAUAGGUUUUAUAUGAGCCGUAUCGGUAUUCGGUUCCUCAUCGGGCAACAUAUCGCGCUGAAUACGCUGCAACCGCAUCCGGACUACGUCGGCAUCAUUUGUACCCAGUCAAACGUCCACGAUAUCGUACACGAAGCGAUCGAGAACGCCCGAUUCGUGUGCGAAGAACACUACGCCAUGUUCAAGGGACCCCCGGUUGAACUCAUCUGCCCGCGCGACUUGCACUUCGCCUAUGUCCCCGGUCACUUGUCCCAUAUCUGCUUCGAGCUCCUGAAGAACUCCUUGCGUGCGGUGGUGGAGCGGUAUGGACGUACUGCCGACCCUUCGCAUAUGCCACCUAUACGUGUCGUUGUCGUGGAGGGUAAGGAGGACAUCACAAUCAAGAUCAGCGACGAAGGCGGAGGAAUCCCAAGAAGCGCUGUCCCGCUCAUCUGGACGUACAUGUACACCACCAUGGAGGGACAGGCGAUUGAGGAGGACUUCCAGGCGAGCGACUUCAAGGCGCCUAUGGCUGGCUUCGGGUACGGGUUGCCGCUGUCUAGAUUGUACGCGAGGUACUUCGGUGGCGACCUUAAGCUCAUCUCGAUGGAGGGGUAUGGUACGGAUGUGUACAUUCACUUGAACAGACUGUCAUCGAGCAGAGAGCCGCUCCCUUGA